UCAUCAUGCCCUGCAAACCUGCCAUCGCUUCCAUGUCCGUGGGCCGUGCCUGGGUCCAUUCUCUCCCCGAGAAGCUCUCCCAGAUCGCCCAGGCCGGCUUCCAAGGAGUGGAGAUUUUCUACGAAGAUCUGGAAUACCUUGCCAAAGAAAAGGGAGAACCGACAGAAGAGAAUCUCCUAGCUGCCGCCCGAGAAACCAAGGGCAUUUGUAACCAUCACGGCCUGGAAGUGAUUGGCUUACAGCCGUUCAUGUUUUAUGAGGGCCUGCUGGAUCGAGAUAUCCACCAACAGAAAAUCGCCAAACUUCACACCUGGUUCAAGAUUAUCAAGAUCCUCGGCACCGAUAUCAUCCAAAUCCCGUCAAAUUUUCAGCCCGAUGGCAUCUCAGGAGACCUUGAUCUUAUCAUCUCCGACAUGAUCGAGGUGGCCGAUCUGGGCCUGAAGCAAGAGCCGCCAGUUCGCUUUGCAUACGAGAGUCUCGCCUGGGGUACCUAUGUCUCAACAUGGGACACUAUGUGGGAAAUCAUCCAACGGGUGGAUCGCCCCAAUUUUGGUUGUUGUCUGGAUACCUUCAACAUCGCCGGUCGGGUAUGGGCUGAUCCCGCCAGUCCUUCGGGAAAGGUCCCUGACGCAGAUGCUGUGCUGGCCCAGUCGUUAGAUCACCUGGUCAAGACCAUCGACGUAGAAAAGGUCUUUUAUGUUCAGGUUGUCGAUGCAGAAAAGAUGGAGCAGCCGUUGGUCCCAGGCCACCCAUUCCACGUUGAUGGCCAGCCGGCCCGCAUGAACUGGAGCCGCAACGCGAGAUUGUUCCUGUAUGAACAGGACAAGGGUGGCUAUCUCCCUGUAGUCGAGGUGGCGCGCGUAAUUUUGAAGGAGCUCGGAUUCGAAGGAUGGGCGUCAAUGGAAUUGUUCUCCAGAACCAUGGCAGAUCCGGAUCCGAGCGUGCCACAGAGUCAUUCCCAGCGAGGUAUCCGAGCCUGGCAACAGUUGGCCAAGGAAUUGGAUCUAUAA